AUGGGGGUUACUGCAAAUUCUUUGAUCGAUGAGCUUUCUUCCCUUUCCCAGCAACCGGAUUUUGCGUCCAAUCCCAAAUUGCGCACCAAGGCAGUCGAACUGAAUAGACAAAUUGCUGUCCAGCUCCAAGAUCCCGCCGAUGUAGCCCUUGAAUUGAGUCUCUUCCCUACCUACGCACUUGCAGCUCGGAUUGCGGUCGAUAUGAAACUUUUCAACUUGAUUGCGGCAAGCUCAACACCAGUAUCGGCCGCUGAUCUUGCGAUGGCAUCCAGCGGUUCAGAAAAGCUCAUAGUGCGUUUGCUGCGACCACUGGCAGCUCUGGGAUUCGUUCAAGAGAUUUGUGAGAAUACGUGGGCCGCGAACCCAGUUACUGAAAUCAUGUGUACGGAGCCAAUGCGGGCUGGCCACAUCCAUCUCUGGGACCAAUGCAAUGGCUCUAUGGCUAAGAUGGUGUCUUACUUUCGGGCAAAUGGCUACAUCCAACCUGAUGAUCCGUGUGCCGGGCCUCUACAAUAUGCGUUUGGGACGGAAAAAAACUCAUUUGACCAUUGGCGCACUCAACCGGAGGUUAUCGACAACUUCAACACCUUCAUGACUGGCGUUCGAGCCGCCCGACCCAGCUGGCUUGACUGGUGGCCUGUGGAAAGCCAAAUCUUCAAGAUUGAAUUGAAGGAUAGCGAUACUUUAUUUGUCGACGUUGCAGGUGGUCGCGGGCAUGACCUCCUGAACUUCAAGAACAAGUUUCCGGACAAAAAGGGCCGACUUGUCUUAGAAGAUCUGCCAGCAGUCAUUGACGGGAUACCAACGCUCGAUGAGAGGAUUAUAGUGGUCAAAUACGAUUUCUUUACACCGCAGCCCGUGAAAGACGCCCUGAUUUACUUCUUCCACUUCAUCAUGCAUGACUGGUCUGACGAUGUCUGCGUUAAAAUUCUUUCCCACACCGCUUCAGCCAUGAAAAGGGGUCACUCCAAAGUUCUCAUCAACGACUUUAUUCUCCCAAAUGAGUUUUGUCCGCUAGCUAUGUGCGGUUUUGAUCUUGCCAUGAUGGCAUUGCACUCGGGGCAAGAAAGGACUGAAAGCCAAUGGAGAGCAUUGGUUGCCAGGGCAGGAUUGGAGGUUCUCCAAGUCUGGAGCCCAGAAAAUGGGGGCGAGGGGAUUGUUGAAUGCCAGCUCAUAUAG